AUGAAUAGCAAGAAAAGGAACAGGAGUGGGAAAAGCGAAUGUAUGACCUUGCCACUAGAGAAAACUGAACUUCUAAUUGAAAACAUCCACAACCUGAAAAACGCAAUAGCUCUUUAUAGGAAGGAAAUCCAAGAAAAAAACAAAUGCAUUAGUGAGGUUAGGGAGGACUUGGCUUUCUAUGAGUGCUUGCUUAGGAAUGUGAAUGUAGUGUGGAAUAUUUUCAACGGCGAUUUGGUGAGAUUGGCGUUGGCGGCGUCGGAGGCUAGUGUUGGUGGGCGGUGUGAUGAACGAUCAGAUGGACUAUCCGAUGGGGGGGGACACCCUGAAGAAGUCACGCAGCAUUCCAAAAAAGGAGUAUCCCCCUAUUACAAUGUAGAACAGUUUAAAAGAAUUUUUUUAAAAUAUUCGAGGAAGCAUAACAAGGAGAGUGACGAAGAGGAGGACUCGGAUUUUUUUAAGUCCCCCUCGGAGGAUGACCUGGAGGGUAACCUGGAGGAUAACCUGGAUGACGACGAAAAACAGGACGAUGUCAAUGAGGAAGACGAAUACAAUGAUGGGGAGGAGCGGUUGGCUGCUGUGGAAGCAGAUCGACAAACGGACCACUCCCCCACCGGUGACAAGGUGAAGAGGGAACGAGGUGAUACAACGGAAGAGGAAGUCGCCGAAGGUGUGCAGAAUAGAAGCCCACUGGAUCAAAAACUGCAGACAAUCCUUUUGUCCAAUAUGAGGAAGACCAUUGAUGCGCUAAACAGAGUGUUAGACGCGCCAAAAGAAAAGGUCGUCCUGAAUUACAGUAAAGAUUACGUGAGAAAAUUAAACUACGAAAAAAUUCUCUACUAUGAGAAGUUUAUAAGUGAGAAAAAGAAAAAAGACGAAAUGGAAAGUAAGUGUGAUGAACUGAAGAUAGAGUUGGAUCGACUGGAAAAGAAGAAGACGUUUCUCCUUUUUAAGUUGAACAAUGAGAGUAUAUGUAACGGCAUUUUGCAGAAGGAGGAGGAAGACGCUAUGAACAGCUUAUCCAAGGACACGCUUGGUGGGGUGUGCAUUAAAGGGGAGGACACGGUGCAAAAUAAGGACAGUGGAACGACAGCGUGUGCGAAGUGCGGCUUCGUGAGUAAUGUCAGUGCGAAGGCAGGAGAUGCUGCGGUGAAAGGUGCAGGGGGGGAGGAGAUAGUUACUGGAAGCAGCUUAGCAAGUGGUGGGUGCGUAUCCGGUGAAGACCCCACGAUGGUCCUCCUGCCCAGUUUUGAAAAAGUAAUAACGAAGGAAAAGAUACUUCAGAGCGAACCGUUCAGGCAACUUAUACAGGAGUCCACCGAAGUGUACAAACAGCUGAAGGAGAGAGAAGAUGAAAUUGUUCUGUUAAAAAAUGAAAUUUUAAAAAGAGAGCAAAUGCGGGAUGAGGAAUAUGAAAAUCUGCUUAACGACACCAUGAAUGAUAAGAAGUGCUUGUCGAAAAAAAUAAAAAGUUUGGAGGUUGACGUUAUGGAGUCUACCAUGGAAAGGGAGAAGAUGCAACGAAAGGUGAAUCUGAUGGAGCAUGAAAUUCAGACCCUGAAGGGGAUAGAAGCGAACCAAGUAAUGCAGCUGGAGGAGAAGGAAAAGGAGAUCAGCAGGAUGAAAAUCUCCAUCGAUAAGUUAAAGGCAUCUGAGGGUACAUUACGAGAUAAGGUUUUAUCCUUGGAAAGUGGAGGAGUGGUUAGGCAGACAGUCGUAAAUGGAACAUGCAACGAAUUGGUAAGUACGACUGGUGAAGAUUUGCACAAGGACCUACUCGCCGAGAAUAAGCAACUGAGACUCGCUCUGGAGAAGAAAAAAAAUGCAGAAAAUGAACUGUCCAUUUUGAAAAGGAAUUACGACGCAAUGAGCGAAGAAAUGGAAGAAAUAACAAAAGAAUUUGAAAAAAAGCAAGAACAAGUAGAUGAAAUGAUUAUUCAGAUAAAAAAUAAAGAAUUGGAAUCGCUGGAAAAAUACAACAACGCAAUGAACAAAACGUAUGUGGAAGAAAAUAUCAAACAGCUAGAACAGACAUACCAGGAGAAAGUUGCAUCCAUAAAUCGGUUAUACGAAAAGUAUGAAAAAUUUGCACACUUAUAUUUGUCGUUAUUUUACCAUGCUAGAAGAAGUGCUGUCAUUUCGGACAGUGCACAUGAAGAACAAAUGAGUUUGUACAUUAGGAUGAAGGAUAAGUGUGAGUCCAUAUUCCAGAGGAAGAAUGAGCUAGCGGAGGUUCUGCAAACGGUUUAUGGUUCGAAUAGGAAGCUUAUGGAUAAGUGCAGCACGCUGUAUAGGGAAAAUCAACACCUGCAACAAGUCGCCACUGCCAGUAAAGGGAAGCAACAUCCAAAAGAUGCUUCAUCCAAAGGGGAGGCACACGUAAAGGAGGAAGAGGAGGAAAAGUUGGAGGAGAGCCAGCUACUCAUCGAAGAAAACAAGGAACUACGGAGAAGGCUAAUCUGCAGCGUGUGCAUGGAAAACUUCAGAAAUCACAUCAUCGUUAAGUGUGGCCACAUAUUCUGUGAGAGCUGCAUUUUUAGUAAUUUGAAGACGCGGAACAGGAAGUGUCCCCAGUGCAAAAUCCCCUUCGAUAAGAAGGACCUGCAGAAGAUCUUCCUCGACUGA